UCGAUUGUCUGCUUCUUUCGUUUGUGUUGUUUGUUUGGUUGUGAGUUUCUAGCAAUAAACUAUUAUUUCAUUGCUUAUUAAAAUGGAGUCAGAUGUAAGGUCAUUGAUUAGGAACUACAUACUGUUUAAUUUGCAAAGGGAAGAGGACUUUGAUCCGUUGUAUGAAGACAGUCGCAGAACAAUCAAACGCCUCUCAGCCUUUAAUUUAUUAAGGCGCAAUCAACUGCGUUUGCGGACAGUUGCUGCUUGUGCUAAAAUGAGAAAGAACCGUCGUUGGUGGGUUCGGCCCAUCUUCUUGGACCGCCAAUUGGCCGGGGCUUGGUUUUCGCUAAUACCAGUCAUGAGAGAAUUUGAUGAAGAAGCAUUCUUCAACUUCCUUAGGAUGACUCCCUCCUGUUUUGACUGGCUCCUUGAACAGGUUUCUGACCUCAUUACUAAGGAAUCUACUCGCAGGGAAUCGAUAUCUGCUGGUGAACGACUGGCUGUGACUUUAAGGUACCUGGCCUCUGGUGACUCACAAAUUUCUAUUUCGUACUUAUUCCGAAUUUCGGACAGUGCUGUGUCUGAAAUUAUUCUGGAAACAACUGCGGCUAUUUGGUGUGCAUUGAAGGAUGUUGUCUUUGAGCCCCUCACUCCAGAAUUUUGGAGGAGAAAAAGUGCAGAAUUCGAGGCCAAGUGGGAUUUUCCCAUGUGCUUAGGAGCAAUUGAUGGGAAACACUGCACUGUACAGAAAUUUCCUAUGAGAGGCUCUGAAUGCUAUAAUUAUAAAUUUGGUAAUAGCAUCGUGCUCCUUGCUGUAAGUGAUGCUAAGUACAAAUUUAUCGCUGUAGACGUGGGAGCAAGAGGGCGAGAGCAUGAUGCUGGCGUGUUUGAUAGAUCCGAGUUUGGAAUGUUGUACGACAACCACCAGUUGAAGCUGCCCCCCUCAGUUUAUAACAACGAUCUGAUGACACCUCUGCCUUAUGUGUUCAUUGGAGAUAAUGCAUUUGCUCUUGACACCCACCUUAUAGUUCCAUUUGAAAGUAGUUCUAAACCAGAAGAAGUUGUUUUUAACUACAGACUGUCACGGGCGAGGAGAGUGGUUGAGAAUGCCUUCGGCAUUCUAGCAGCAAGAUUCAGGGUGUUCCGCACAAAUAUGAUUGGCAGUGAGACCCUCGUGUAAAACAUUGUCCUCUCUACAACAGCUUUACAUAAUUUACAUUUAGUAAGGGAAGACAGUAUACCCCCCCGACAAAGAGUUUACCUACCAGAAGGGUACGCUGAUGUCUACAAAAGCAACGGUCACAUCAAGAAAGGAAGAUGGAGAAAUGAAAAUAAAGAUGUUGAGAACAGUAUCCUGAAGACUCUUGUAUCUCAAGAAAUGGUCCAAGCAAAUGUCUUGGCUGGAACAGCUGUUACCCUACCAACAGAGAUUGGUCACAAAACGUCAAAAUGAUGAAAAUUCGCAUCACUAUGACGUCUUUUUGGACCCUAAAACGUCAUUUUCACAUCACUAAUACGUCAAUCUGACGUUUUGUGACAUAUCUCUGUUGGUAGGG